GAAGGUCUAAGGUGCGGUGCCAACAACAAUUGCCCUGAGCAACAAUCCGAGGUUGAGGAGGUUUCAGUUUCACUGUGAGGAGGCGCUGUUGGUUUUUUAACUUGUCUCUCAAAAUAAAAUAAAAACCAAUAAAAUAAUAAUAAUAAUAAUAAUAAUAAAGAAUAAACGACCCCCUUCCGAAUUACUCACACAAUUGGAGAAAGAGAGUGAGGAGGGGACAUAACAUUCAUAAGCAUAGCAUUCCCCCAUUUUUCCGAAUAAUCCCUAGCUUGGUAUUUUACGGUACCAUAAAGUCUACAAUUUUGAUGUUCACCUCUGUCAGGGGGGGAUACCAGAGAAGAAGCUUCAAUUGUGAAGAGAUUUGAUUGAUUCAUGGUUGGUGAUUGGCUAUUCACCUGAAUUCGUUCAGGGAAGGAAAGAAUUCCCCCUUCUAUGAUGCCGAUUAAACCAGGUCAAGUAGAAUUUUCUUUGGAAAUCAUUAUAAUCUCUUUUGGGGGUUUAAGGUCUUAGGAAGGUUUUACGUUUUCCUCAUGCAAAUUCUGUGGGCUGAAACAAGAAUCUUGUUGAGGCUGGUCUCUGUUCUUUCUUGGUAUAGUCUUUGAUUUGUAUCACUCGUACAUUUGUAUCUGUAAUACUGUAAAGUUUACUUCUUGAUACUGGGUUUGUAAGUAUUGUUGCGUUUUGUGUCUGAUUUGAAUUUCAAUGGCUAACCCAACACAACCUAAUGUUGGGUAUACCACUUCAAACCCGGAUAGACAGAGUCCUACCCCUGACAAGAGUCCCAUACCACCCCCUCCACCUUUUGCAUCACCACCUAGAUUUCCUCCCCCCAUAUUGCAAUUGCAGCAAGAUCAAGCUUCUUCCCCUUCGGUUAAACCCCCAAAUUCGUCGUCCCCAGCCAAUGGAGUUAAAUCUGGCAGCCUUGUUCCUCACAUGAGCACCCCGCCGGGGCCUCCUGUUUUUACAUCGCCUGUCCGGCCGGCAGCUGUUCCUUUUCGCACAUCACCUGCCUCGCCUCAGCCACUUGCUUUCUCUUCAGGAUCAUCUUUGCCGACUUCAUCACCACCGCGAUUUUCAAAUGGAUCGGUUGAGUUGCAACACCAAGUUUCUGAUAGCAUAGAGGACCAUCUUCCCGCCGGGGAGUCAUCCUUUGUUCUUUUCUCAGCUCAUAAGGUAUUGAAACAGAAGAAACAAGCUAAUGUGCCCAGUCUGGGUUUUGGGGCAUUGGUUUCUCCUGGGAGGGAGGUCUCAACAGGCCCUCAAGUUAUUCAGCGUGAUCCCCAUCGAUGUCAAAGCUGUGGAGCUUAUGCAAAUAUAUAUUGCAACAUAUUGCUUGGAUCAGGUCAGUGGCAGUGUGUUAUAUGUAGGAAAUUGAAUGGAAGUGAUGGCGAGUACAUUGGGCAUAGUAAGGAAGAUCUUCACAGAUUUCCAGAACUAUCUUCCCCGAUGGUUGACUAUGUUCAAACUGGGAACAAGGGACCUGGUUUUGUUCCAGUUUCAGAUUCCAGAAUGUCUGCCCCGGUUGUUCUUGUUAUAGAUGAAUGCUUAGAUGAACCCCACUUACAGCAUCUACAAAGCUCCUUGCAUGCUUUUGUUGAUUCUCUCCCUCCAACAACAAGAUUAGGAAUUGUACUAUAUGGGCGUACUGUGUCAAUAUAUGAUUUUUCAGAAGAGUCAAUUGCAUCUGCUGACGUGCUUCCCGGGGACCAGUCACCAACCCAAGAAUCUUUGAAAGGAUUGAUUUAUGGUACUGGCAUAUACUUGUCAGCAAUGCAUGCCUCACUACCUGUAGCACAUUCCAUAUUUUCAUCAUUGAGGCCCUACAAGUUAAACAUACCAGAAGCUUCUAGAGAUCGGUGCCUUGGAACUGCUGUUGAGGUUGCUCUUGCUAUAAUUCAGGGCCCAUCUGCUGAUCUGUCACGAGGGGUAGUUAAAAGAUCAGGGGGCAAUAGUAGAAUUGUUGUCUGUGCCGGUGGACCAAAUACUUACGGACCUGGAUCAGUUCCUCAUUCUUUUAAUCACCCUAAUUAUCCAUAUAUGGAAAAGACAGCAAUAAAAUGGAUGGAGAAUCUUGGUCGAGAGGCUCAUCGACACAAUACUGUUAUUGAUAUUCUAUGUGCUGGAACGUGUCCCGUAAGAGUUCCCAUCUUACAACCUCUUGCUAAAGCAUCAGGUGGUGUUUUGGUGCUCCAUGAUGAUUUUGGGGAAGCCUUGGGUGUUAAUUUGCAAAGGGCGUCUGCCAGGUCAGCAGGUUCUCAUGGUUUGUUAGAAUUGCGCACAUCAGAUGAUAUUCUCAUAACUCAAGUUGUUGGCCCUGGGGAAGAAUCACAUGUAGACACCCAUGAAACCUUUAAAAAUGAUACAGCCAUUUAUAUUCAGAUGCUAAGUGUUGAAGAAACGCAGAGCUUCUCUCUCUCAAUGGAAACUAGGGGAGAUAUCAAAAGUGAUUAUGUAUUUUUCCAGUUUGCUAUUCAGUAUUCAAAUGUGUUUCAAGCUGAUAUAUCCAGGGUUAUCACUGUUAGACUGCCCACUGUAGAUAGUAUUUCAGGGUAUCUUGAGAGUGUUCAAGAUGAAGUUGCUGCAGUCCUAAUUGCAAAAAGAAGUUUGUUACGAGCUAAAAGCCAUUCAGACGCAAUUGAUAUGCGGGCAACAAUAGAUGAAAGAAUCAAGGAUAUUGCUCUAAAGUUUGGUCCUCAAGUACCCAAAUCUAAACUUCACUGCUUCCCAAAGGAGCUUUCCCUUUUACCAGAGAUCCUUUUCCAUCUCAGGAGAGGACCACUAUUGGGAAGCAUUAUUGGUCAUGAAGAUGAAAGGUCUGUGCUGAGGAACUUGUUUCUGAAUGCAUCCUUUGAUCUGUCACUCCGAAUGGUUGCUCCUCGUUGUCUAAUGCACAGGGAGGGAGGAACGUUCGAGGAGUUACCAGCUUAUGAUCUUGCAAUGCAGUCUGAUGCUGCUGUUGUACUUGACCAUGGCACUGAUGUCUUCAUUUGGUUGGGUGCUGAACUUGCAGCUGAUGAAGGAAGAAGUGCUGCUGCUUUAGCAGCUUGCCGGACAUUGGCUGAAGAGCUGACAGAAUUCCGUUUCCCAGCGCCUCGUAUACUUGCAUUUAAGGAGGGUAGCUCGCAGGCUCGAUAUUUCGUUUCUCGCCUCAUACCAGCACACAAGGAUCCUCCUUAUGAGCAGGAGGCAAGAUUCCCGCAACUUAAGUCAUUGACAUCAGAACAGCGAACGAAGCUGAAAAGCAGUUUUGUUCACUUUGAUGAUCCUAGUUUCUGCGAAUGGAUGCGAAGCUUGAAAGUUGUGCCACCUGAGCCAAGCUGAUGUAGGGCCAUUUUUGUGGUUUCAUUUUGCUGCAGCUUCCAAUCAGCACGGUACUCGUUGCUGAUUCUUUAUUUAGUUGUUUGAGGCGAAGUUUGUUUAGAUGAUGAUGUUUCUCAUGUCCCAAAAUCUUUCGCUUCAGUGCCAUGUUCAACUUCAUUUUGUUCAUGUCCGAGAAACAUCUAUGCAAUUGCAAGUUGCAAUUGGAGAGAAAAAUAGUGGGGCUUUUUCGUUUUGGUUGGAGAGAAUGAUUGUGGUGCACAGAAUUUUUCACAAUUUACAUGAACAAUAAAGGAUUUCACUUAAUUUA